UAAAGUUUGGUACAGUAUGUUGAUCCCUUAAGUAUUGUCUUUCAAGUGAUGAAAUGUGUGAUUGAAUCUUCUCAUUUCACACAGUUAACUGAGGUCACCAUGUUUAUGACAGCUAACAGCGUUAUCAGUUAUAAGAUGCAGUACAGUGCGCUUAUUUGCAUGCCCGGCUGGUCAGUAUUGGAGAUCCAACUUUGCGCCACACCCACUCCAGGUCCAGCAGUGUCCAUCGCAGCCUCUGGGCGAGCAUUUGCAAACUCCGCCUUGCUCGCGCCGCCUCCAAGCGGACCGCAAUGAUUUAGAAGUUCAGGAAUCCCACGUGACGUCACCCAGGGGUGACGUUAUGCUUCUCUAAAUAGAUCGUAUUGUAAUCUUUCCUCAGUCCAACGUGGUUUCUUCUGAGAGACUGCUUCACAUUUUCUACACUUGUUUGUUUUAUGAGAAGGUGGCCAGAGUGAUGAACUCAGACCAGGAAAGGCCGUUCGUGUGCAACGCUCCUGGCUGUUCUCAGCGAUUCCCCACGGAGGACCAUCUGAUGAUACAUCGACACAAACAUGAGAUGACCCUUAAGUUCCCCUCCAUAAAGAACGACAACAUGUUAUCAGACCAGACGCCCACACCAACGCGCUUCUUGAAGAACUGUGAGGAGGUGGGAUUGUUCAGUGAACUGGACUGCUCCAUUGAGCAAGAGUUUUGCAAGGCCCAGGAAGAAGAGGACAAUAAACAGAACAUCUCACUGCACGGCCAGGCAGGCCAAGGCCAGCACCAGCAUUCCCAUUCACGGAUGGGCAACCAUGAUACCAGCAUAGUGAUCCAGCAGGCCUUGCCCUCUCCUCAGUCCAGCUCCGUCAUCACUCAGGCUCCAUCCACCAACAGACAAAUAGGGCCUGUCCCUGGCUCUCUGUCCUCAUUGCUGCACCUACGAAACAGACAGAGACAGCCUCUGCCAGCCUCCAUGCCUGGAACUCUGCCAGACCCGACCAUGCCUGGCUCCUCCGCUGUGCUGAUGCCUAUGGAGAGACAAAUGUCCAUGGGCUCCAAUAUGAUGGGUAUGCAAGGACCCACCCACAGCAGCUCUUGCUCUUCCACUCACAUUCCCUCCAUGCACUCAGAAGCCAAACUGAGGCUGAAGGCUGCACUUUCUCACCACCCGGGUGCCAUCGCCAACGGCAACAUGAACUCCAUGGGCCACAUGAUGGAGAUGAUGUCAUCGCGGCAGGAGCAAGGCGGCCACCAUCACAUGCACUCACACCCACACCAGCACCUGCAAGCCCCUCCCCACGCGUACCAGCACCACGGCCAUCACCACCACAGCCAGGGCCACAGCCAGGGUGGACACCACCACCCACAGGGACACAACCCCCAUCACAACUCCCACAAUCCCCACCUCCAUCCCGGACACCCACACCAGACCUCACCGCACCCUCCAAUGCACUCUUCUUCACAUAUGUCACCUGCAACCCAGCAGAUGCAGCCCACGCAGACAAUGCAGUCUCCGCCCCCCAGCGGCGGGCGGCGCAGGCGAGUAGUGGACGAGGAUCCGGACGAACGUCGGCGGAAGUUUCUGGAGCGGAACAGAGCAGCGGCAACAAGAUGCAGACAGAAGAGAAAAGUGUGGGUGAUGUCAUUAGAGAAGAAAGCGGAAGAGCUCACUCAGACCAACAUGCAGCUUCAGAAUGAAGUAACCAUGCUAAAGAACGAGGUGACCCAACUCAAGCAGCUUCUCCUCACACACAAAGAUUGUCCCAUCACCACUAUGCAGAAAGAGUCCCAAGGUUACCUCAGUCCAGAGAGCAGUCCGGCAGGCAGUCCAGCGCCAGCGUGCUCCCAGCAGCAGGUCAUUCAGCACAACACCAUCACCACCUCCACCACAACCGUAGGGGGCAGCAGUGUGCACGGGCAAGCCAACCACCGCACAGACAUUAACCCCAUCCACUAGGGAGAGGAGAGACUAUAACCCCAGCUGUAGCCCCAAACAACCCCCCUACUACCCUGCUUUCUGAGGGUUGCCAGCUGCACAUGCUGCCCCCUCCCUCCAUCAAGAAAAAACCUCAAAGGCCUGUGAGGCUGUUCUUUAUACAGUAGCUACAGUAUGUAUUUUUAUAGACCAACCCUAUUAACGUGUAAAUGUUCUAUGGUUUGUUGCCUCUUUUUUUAAUCAGUUUUUUUUGUGCUUUUAGCGAAAAGGGAGUUUUGCUAAUUUCAUGCAGCAUUUAAGUGACUUUUUCUGUUGUGUAAUGGUACAAAAUGGCCCACGGUGGUCAUGGAACCAGAGGAAAGAGACAUAAGCCUCAGAAGGUCAUCUCUAUAAGCAAACCUUACAUCUCUGUAUGCCCGAUGGACUGAAAAAUUAGUCAAAUCACUCUUUGAAUAUCACAUGUGAACAGUAUGAUGAGUGUAUGCAACAUACUCUGAAUAAGCGAGUGGGAUGUCGCUGCCUUUAAAUUGUUUUCUGAAGCCAAGACAAACUGUCAUCAUGAUAUCUUGAUGACAGGAAUAUGCAAGCAGGUGUAAUGAUCCUUUUCUUUCCUAGAAACGUAUAUAUGACUGUUAACCUUUUCCCUGUCAGCUUUAUUCUUAAAGAGUGUUAUAAAGUACAGUGUGACAGUGAAAACAUGAUCAAAUGGAAGCAAUACAUCGCAGUAUUGAUCAACUUCUAAGUUGUAUGUCCACAUUACGAUCAGCAUGGCCAAGCCACUCUGGUCCUGAGGACAUACAAUGCUGUUACAGCUACAGAACUGUACACUGUGAUACCAGUGAGGCAGCUCGGGGGUUUGAAACACUCCGCUCUCCAGGACCAACUGAAGCUUUAAUUAUUGAGGCCUCUUUUGUGUGAUUGUGCAUCUGGAUCCACAUUUUGGAUUCAAAUCCCAAAUGAAUAUAACAUUCUGCAUAGUUUUGAGUGUGCAUGUGAAUGAUGUUUAUUAUGCAUUUGUGUUUUGUCUUCUUUCCUCUGCAGAACAAAGUUCAGCAGGUGUGUAAAGAACGAAAAACCAAAAAAAAAAUAUUGUGAGAAAGUGACUGUGAGCAUGAUUUUUUUUUGUAUUUUUUUUGACCGGCAUACCACAACUGGCAAAGUGUUUUACAGUUUGUAAAGAGGAGCAGUUUAUGCCUGUGCUUUCCAAAAUGUCACAAUGUGCCUGAAUCUUUCUUAAAAUCUUUUGUUGGCUUACUGAAGAAAGCAAAACGCCACUCUUUUUCUUCAAACAAUCAAAACCAUUUAAUUCUCAGCGUAUUAUUAAUGAGUUUUCUCUAUUAUUGGCUUUGUCCUGGAUGUCUGCUGCAUGUAAGGGCAAAACCAGCUGACCAAGGAGAAAAAUAUCCGCUUUCCAUUUGACCUCUGACCUCUUCAUCAAUUUCUUUUCCUCUCUUUCUCAGGCCUCCACUGCAGUAUCAGAUUGGAGAUGGAUGUAUUGAUAAUGAUACAGGCUUGACCCUUUUUAUCCCCCUUCCCAGCCUUGAAACUUCAUGCCUUCUCAUGUUGACCACAACUCCUCUUUCUCUCUUUCCUAUGACCAGGAAUGUCGAUUCAUUAGCGUGAUGACCAUAAUGCACUGUGUUCUACAGUAGGAUGGAUGAAAUACAUUCCACUGACAGGUGGAGCGAUCGCAGAGCUGUCUAUGCACUUUGUCCUCUGUCAUGCCAGAGGGUCCAAUAGCCAUAUUAAGGUCCGAGUAAUUCUCAGUGAUCCCCCUUUUUCACACACCAGCGAGAAACAUAACUGGCUUUGUGGAGAGACUGUGCCUGGCAUGCAUCACAUGUCUAUAGAUAGAAGAAAGGAACCUAGAGCUCAUAUUGUAGGAUAAGGCUCAAUUAAGGACCCUUUUUAUUCUGUAAAAAAACUCCAGCUCCAGUUUUGUCAAAGAUGAGGGAAGCUUACAUGUGAAUUGAAAAUCUUUAUCCUCAUAAUAGGUUACAUUCAAGUUUUGUGGAAGCAUUCGGACUGUUUAUGUCAUAUCUUAACCUUGGAGUCUGUGUGUGCAGUUUGAUAUGUGUGUUGAUGAGUCAGAGAAAUAGAUUCUCUUGAAAAGGGCUUUGUUGUACCAACCCUUUGAACUGAAGUUUGCCUUAUUAUAAGGUUGUUUUUUUAAACCAUAUUUAGAUUGUUAGACCAUUCCAAAUUAACCUCUUGCAUGUGAAAAUAUGGUUAUGAUCUCAAAACACUUUCAACUGGAAUCAUUUGGAGGAUGUUGCUAUUUUAGAGUUAGAUAUGAGAGUCUCUAGUUUCAUUUUUGACAGUGGAUCCAGAUUCAGAAAAAGACAUUUGUUACUGUAGAGGCAGACGAAAAGGACAGAUGGAAGUGCAGUGUGAGUGUGUCUGUGGAUUUGUGAGAGGUGGAGAACAAUUCCUACACAUUAAUUAUGUUAUAAUUGUAUUAUUUUAAAUCUAAAACUAUAAAUAUUGUACAUAAUGUCAUUAAUUUCUAUAAUCUUGUACAUGUAAUGCAACCACCUUUCUUUUUGAAGGGAGUAAAUGUGUGGUACAUGUUUGUAAAUAAUGUUUGCAUAGCACUUGUUGCCUUUUGUUGUAUCAUCAUUUCAGCGCUUAAAUACAUAGUUUAUAUGUAAUGAACUGAUGAAUCCAUUCUUGCCUGCAUAACUUUGUACAUUUUUUGUGCCUGUAAUGACAUUGUCUCCAUUGUGUUUUGUUUUGCAUUUGUACAGAUGUUAAAGUAUCACUGCAGUUACAUUACGGUAUGAAAAUAAAGCACUUGUUCUGUAACAUAAAA